UGGAAAAUUACCUGGAAAUAGUGGACUCUCUAGGAGUACUAAACCAAUCUUACAAAUAAUAAGAGCAACAGGUCCAUGUCACGAAUGCUGGCCGCCACAGUAGCUAAAAGGGAGAAUCCACGUGCUUUGACUAACUAAAAUUAAAGCCACAACGCUUAACUCGUAGCGUUUUUCUAGUCUUAUCCUCAUAUGAAGCAAAAAUUGACUGAUCGCUUGGCUGCGCUUAGAAAUCCUGCCCCCAUUGACGCCGGUAUCUAUUAUCUGACACAGUGUUUGCAUGUGAAGGCAUAUAUUGUUUUUCAACUAGAGCUUCUCGCUGACGAAAUUCAAUAUCAAAUACAUAAUUCCUCUGAAGAACUUCCCGAUUUAAAAGAUUGCGAAUUAGAGGUAGGGCCCUUUAAAAGUACCGUUUCACUCAAUCUAGCCCUACAAGAUGAAACCUAUAUUGGUAGAAGAGUUGAUCGUGAAGCAAUCGAAGAAAAGUUUAAUUUUGAGGGAGGCAGCCUUAAAGAGUCUAUGCCAAAGGCAAACCUAUGUUCACCUCUUACUGAUAAGAAGGAAAAGCUUAAAGAUUCAGCCGAAUCUUCUCUUACUUUAAACAGCGUUGAAAACAGAAAUAAAUAUGAUUUGUUUAAGGAAGUAUGCGAGAUUGCUAAAAAAGACGACAUUCAGAUUCAUAAGUUCGAUGAGAAUAUUACAUUGAAAGGACAGCAAGCAAAGCUGCAAAUAAGUUUCUGGGAGUCUUUAAUUAAGUUAAGAAUUCGUUUGCAACCACUAGCGACACUAGCCCACCAGUUUCCUCAGGGUGACCUUUACUUAGGUUUAAGGAAUUCUGCCCCCGAAGCCAUAAAUAAACAGCUGGACCUAUCCAGAAAAAAACUGACUUCUACCCUUUUAGAACUUUUUAUUCUUCAAGAUUGUAUCACGAAACACUUAAGGAAGGAGGAGCAGUCGUUAAGCAUUCCAACCUUAAGUGGUGAUUUAAAAAAUUUUUGGGAACACAUUAAAAACAUAGACGAAAGCGUUUUCGAACAUCAGCGCUCUGUUAUCGACUCCUGGAGCAGGAAGGCUGCUUUUUCCUCGUCGAAAGCAUCUUUGCAGAAGCCCUUGAAAGUAUUCAACAAGUCUAUACACCAACAAGUGGAAACGGUUAUGCUUGAUAAAGAAAAACUAGUCAAACGGUCUCAAGUUAAGCGGGCUAAGUUUGAAAUCUUGGGCGAGGCAGGCGAGGAUACUCAAGAAAAUGAAAAUAUCUAUGACGAUAGUGACUUUUACCACCACCUACUCCGCGAACUGAUCAGCAGUAGAACGUCUAUAACCGAAGAAGAAAACCUCAACGAAAUGAGGCGUCGUUGGCUAGAACUUAAAAAUCUAAAGACAAGCACAAGUGCCCAGAAGAACGUUGAUCGGCGAGCUAGUAAAGGUCGAAAGUUAAGGUAUGUUGUGCAUGAAAAACUAGUGAACUUCAUGUUUCCAAUCACCAACUACACCACUACAACUGAACUCACGAGACAGUCGCUAUUAAAACAUCUAUUCGAGUGAUCAGAAACUCAAUAAACAAGAAUAUUUCAGUGUCGUCGUUUACAAAGAUUUUUUUUGUCCUGAGGAGUUUAUAGGGCGGGCAUCGUAGGUUUGCGGGAGUCGGCUUACUGCUCCAGUUUUUUUCCUGUCCCACUCUCUCGCCCACUGAGCUUGACCAUCUUGAGAGGUAAAGUCAUGAAGCGCUCUGCAGGAGACACGCGCUAAAACGUGCAGAACACAUACCUUCGCUUAGCACUGUUUGUCUUUGAAUGCGCGCCUCGU